AUGAAGUUCAAGGCUGUCCUGUCGGACCGGGGCCUGCGGGUGCUGGAGAAGGGCUUCCUGCCCACCCUGGAGAAGUUGGGGAAGCGCUGCCAGCUGCUGCUGAGCCCCGAGGACGUGCACCUCAUCCAGGCGGUGGCAGACACGGACGGCCUGCAGGUCACGGCCCGGCUCGCCAACGUGGUGCUGUUCGAGGAGGAGGGGUUCAAGUGCCAAAGCCGCUACAACAACCAGAUUGCCUUCAGUGUGGACAUCGCGCUGCUGCUCAAGGUGCUGCGUGCGGCGGUGGGGCAUGAUGCGGAUGCAUUGGAGAUGAAGCUGGCCAUGCGAAGCGUCCCCUGCACAGGCGCUGGAGGUCCCACACAGCAGCGGCCCACGCUGGCCUUUUCCUGGCGCGGUCACAACGUCACCAUGGUACAGGAGCUGCCCAUCAGCCAGCCGUACAGCCAGCGAGACGUGGAAGAAUUGGUGCGCCAACGCGACAUCGCCAGCCUCAGCCCCUUCUACAUUGAUCUGCAGGACGAGGCAUUGGCGGACAAGAUGAAGGGCAUGUCCAGCGAGCUGCUGAUGGUCACCACCAGGCAUGGCGAUCUGCACCUGCAGGUUCACACCGCAGGCGUGGAGUUUGGCACCGAGAUCCGCGGCCUGUCUGUGCUUCCUGCGACUGCCCGUGAGGGGCUGGAGCCGAUACAGGGAGAGACGCCUGAGCAGCGGCUGCAGGAGGUGCAGGCGGUGGGGGAGUCAGCGCAGGUGGUGCUGUUGCAGAGGCACCUGGCCAAGGCGUUGCACAGCAGUCAGCUGACGCAGCCGGCGCAGCUGCUGUGCGGCAUUGCUGAGCGUGGCACGCAUGUGCACAUGAUGUUUGUGUAUCGGGACCCCUUUAGCGAUGGAGGAUAUGAUGAUCAUGUCAGCCUUUGCAUCAAACUCCCUGUGCGCGACUCGGAAGAUGCACUGUAUGGCGCUCCAGGUUGA